AUGGAUCGGGUGCACGUAACAGUUGGUCCUGGAAUGGAUAUGCCGAUCAUGCACGGUAGUGAUCGAUACGAUUUAGUUCGAGACAUCGGGUCGGGUAAUUUCGGGGUUGCGCGGCUAAUGAGAGAUAAGCAGACAAAGGAGCUUGUUGCUGUUAAGUAUAUUGAGCGAGGCGACAAGAUAGAUGAAAAUGUUCAGAGAGAAAUUAUCAAUCACCGUUCUUUGAGGCACCCUAAUAUUGUUAGAUUUAAAGAGGUCAUUCUAACACCAACUCAUUUGGCCAUUGUCAUGGAGUAUGCAUCUGGAGGAGAGCUUUUUGAGCGAAUCUGCAAAUGCAAUGCGGGACACUUCUAUGAGGAUGAGGCUCGCUUCUUUUUUCAACAACUUAUAUCUGGAGUCAGCUACUGUCAUUCAAUGCGAAUAUGUCAUAGGGACUUGAAGCUGGAAAACGCACUGUUGGAUGGAAGUCCUGCUCCAAGACUCAAAAUCUGUGAUUUUGGGUAUUCUAAGUCUUCAUUGCUGCAUUCACAACCAAAAUCUACUGUUGGAACUACAGCGUAUAUUGCUCCUGAGGUGUUUCUUAUGAAAGAAUAUGAUGGCAAGAUUGCAGAUGUAUGGUCCUGCGGUGUCACUUUAUAUGUGAUGCUAGUAGGUGCCUAUCCAUUUGAGGAUCCCGAAGGACCUAAGGACUUCAGAAAGACAAUUGAUAGAAUCUCAAAUGUUCAGUAUUCCAUUCCAGAACAUGUUAAAAUUUCGGAGGAAUGUCGGCAGCUAAUUUCGCGGAUCUUUGUUGCAGACCCUGCACAACGCAUCACCAUCCCGGAGAUUCGAAACCACUCGUGGUUCCUGAAGAACCUUCCGGCAGAUCUAAUGGAUGAAAGGACAAUGGGAAACCAGUUUGAAGAGCCCGAACAGCCCAUGCAGAGUCUGGAAGUCAUCAUGCAGAUAAUCUCAGAGGCAACUAUACCUCCCGCUGGUUUGUACAACCUGAGCAUGACGGACGAUGACAUGGAAGACCUGGAUUCUGACCCUGAUCUUGAUAUUGAUAUUGAUAUUGACAGCAGUGGAGAGAUCAUUUGUGCAAUGUGA